GACAUGCUGACGUACGAAUAUCAUAUCGUGUACAGCUCUAGUUACAGUGUACCUGUCUUAUAUUUCAAUGUUUAUAAAGCAGAUGGUAAAUUAUUAAGUUUAGAGAAUAUUUGGAAGAUAGUACCAGAUGUUUACCAACAAGAACUACAGGCAGAUAAAUGGUCUAUAUUAACUCAACAGGAACAUCCUCUGUUAGGACGUCCGUUUUAUCAGCUCCACCCAUGUCACACAGAGAUGAUGAUGAAAAACAUACGGACUAUGCUAGAUAAAAGAUGUGACUAUUUGAUAUCAUGGAUAAGUAGUGUAGGACCAGUUGUCGGUUUAAAUUUAUCACUACAGUAUGCU